GCCGCCCGGGAGCUCGGCGUCCUGCUGGUGGCCGUGUGUGCCUUGCAGCUCUUUGCGCGCGCGACCUUCACCGGCCCGCCGCUGCCGGCCGGCGCCGCGGACGCGUGGCCGUUCGAUCCGGACGCCGCCGCGGAGGACUCCACAGGUGGCAAGGAUUUCCUGGAGGCUUUGGAAGCUGACGGCGAGCCGAUGUACGAGCUGAUCCAUGGCGUAGGCUACUUAUGGCUGGCGGCGGCGCUGUUAGGCGCCCGGCGCGCCCUGGGUGAGUUUACAGUGUUGGCUCUCUCUCGCUUGCUCUCCAUCUCUCUG